UGACAUGGGGCGAAAUCAGGAUGAAGUGAACGUGUUUUCCAACUUCCCUGAGUACAAACAACACGUCACAGCAAAGUAAUGCCAUGCUAUCACAGACCAGAUAGUGGAUAUUAUCAGUGUGAGGUGAAGAGGUCAUAAAAGUGCUUCGACUCCAAGUCUCAACGUCCAGUCUUUCCUGGUGUGUUCUGUGCUCCGAGUGUGUCGACAGUGCUGAUUCUCCGAUCCCUGUGCUCUUGUUUACAUAGGUCUGCUUAUGGUCCCUGUGUCAUCUCUCCGCGUGGAGUCUAGUCAAUUUGCUGAAGGGGGAUUUUACUCUCAUCAGCAGCAAUAUUUGGGUUUCAUACGUCCAGAUCAAGUGGAGGAACUGCUUUUUGAUUUUUGCCCUGACUGCCACAAGCAGAUGUCUUCCAUCCCUCAAGGAGCUUAUGCAACUUGGAAGGUGCGUGCAAAUGAAGGGAAAAAUCAAGUUCCAAACGUUGACAACAUGCUCUCUACAAAGAGAAGGGAACCAGAAAAGAACACACCUCAUCAGCCAUAUUAUCCUCAUGUUUAUAAGAAAUACCAGGAACAGCCACCUGUUAAAUAUAACAGCAAACUAAUGAACAGCAUCUGGGGACUCUACAAUCGAUAUUCUGUACAUAACCUUAAGAAGAUAACAGAAGGGGAGGAAGCCCUUCAGGGAGUGCAGCAGUUUCGCACUGCUGCCACUCCAACCUCCUCAAGCUCCGGCUCCAAGGGAGGUUCAUUCCAUAACGGUCCCCAUUGCCAUUCAGCCUGAGAUGCUGUGUGGAUUGGGCUCAUUUACUACAGAUAUAAUGAGCCUCUGGUAGUCAACAGUACAGCCAGACACUGUAACCUCAGAAGCUGGGUAGUAGGUGGGGGCCACUGGAAACGUUUAAGUGCCCUAGUAAUGGAUAAUGUAACAUAGGAGAUGUAAUAUAUUUUUAUUCAUAUUAUUAUAAUUGUUAAACAUGUUUUGUAUUUGUUGAUAUUCAAAUGUCAACUUACAAGAUUAAUAAUAGUGAAUACGAUGAAUAAUUAUGACCACAAAAGAUUAUGAAAUUAAAAUAUAUGAGUAUGAGGAGUGAGCCAUAGAAACCAGC